AACUUGGCAGACUACAGUCAAUAAAGUUAUGGAAAAUCAAUAGCGUAGUGGCAAAUUACGUACGGAAACAUUAUGAUGUGUUUCCUCAAACCACUAAAGACUUUAUUGCCUUUAUUGAUUUACAAAAUAUGACCAUGAUCUUUUUUUUUGCACUUAGAAAGCUAACAAAAGCUUCAAUUGCCAG